GGUUUGGAGGCUGAUAACAAACUUCUUCUUCCUGGGAAAAUUUUCCAUCAAUUUUGGAAUUCGUCUUCUCAUGAUCGCAAGAUAUGGGGUGCAACUCGAAAAUGGUCCAUUCGACAAACGUACUGCCGAUUUUCUAUGGAUGAUGAUAUUUGGCGCAUUCUCUUUACUUGCAUUAUCAGCUGUUCCAUGGUUUUCGUCUCCAUUCUUAGGCAUUCCGAUGGUCUUCAUGCUUCUUUAUAUUUGGAGCAGAGAGUUCCCUAACGCUCAAGUCAACAUAUACGGCCUCGUCACAUUGAAGGCAUUUUAUCUACCAUGGGCUAUGCUUGCACUAGAUGUAUUGUUUGGUGCUUCUCCUCUGCCUGAUCUGAUGGGAAUCAUUGCUGGGCAUUUAUACUAUUUUUUGACCGUUUUACAUCCACUUGCGGGAGGAAAAAACAUUCUGAAGACACCAAUGUGGCUGCACAGAUUAGUGGCACGUUGGGCUACGGGGAGACAACAAGCUCAAGCUCACUCAUACAGUACUGGACCUGGAAGCAGGUCGACGAGUACUACUGCGUCCACCUCUGGUGUUGCCUUCAGGGGAAGGAGUUACAGGCUUAACCAAUAAGGCACUUUGGGAUGGAGAUGGAAAGAGUAAAGAUAUUGAAUGUUAGUGAUGAAUUACCAGCAAGUGUAGAAGUACUUGGAUAGAUAUAUAAAUUA